CCCUCUCGUCUCCGCUGCCGUCGUCGUUCUGCCGGAAGUAUCUCUCCCUUAGUCUUCCGCUGCCUAUCUUCUGUCUCCUCUAAACCUCGGCGACACUCUCCGGUCACCUGCCAACUUCUUCCGUCUUCUCCAGCCACUCUGUCGCCGCCCAGCUAAAGCGAAACAGAUUUGUUGGGAAAGUUCAAAGACUCAACGCCGGUUGGGGUGUGAUUUCAUGAUUUGAAUUGGAUGAAUUCUCGUUCUCGAUAUUGUUCGGAAAGACGAUGAAGUUUGGUCUCCUUGUGCGGUCAAACCGCGCUCUGCUAGGUCUCAGAGGCUUAACCGGACCUCUGCAGCUUCGUACAUUCCAACCUGAUUUCGUCCCACGAGAUCCCAAGGCCACGCCCAAGAAGUACAAAUACCCUGCCUUUUAUGAUCCCUACGGCCCCAGGCCGCCGCCAUCCGAAAAAAUCGUUCAGCUUGCGCAACGAAUAGCUGCCUUGCCCACCGAGGAACGGGUCCAGAUAGGGCCCGCACUGAGGGAACAGCUGAGGCACCCGAAGAUGGAGUCCGUCUCAGGGGAAGGCAUGGAUCUGGGCCCACAGGGAGGAGGAGGAGCCGGAGCUGCAAAGACUGAGGAAAAGAAAGCGGAGAAAACAGCAUUCGAUGUGAAGCUGGAGAAGUUCGAUGCAGCUGCGAAGAUCAAGGUGUUUAAGGAAGUCAGGGCUUUCACUAAUCUCGGGUUGAAGGAGGCCAAGGACCUCGUCGAGAAGGCGCCUGUCUUGCUCAAACAGGGUGUCACGAAGGAGGAGGCGAAUGAGAUAAUUGAGAAGAUAAAGGCCGCCGGUGGAGUUGCAGUUAUGGAAUGAUUACUCCAAUUUGGUUUUGCAUUGACGGGUCUCUAUCUUGCUUGUAGGAGAUUGUAGGGCCACUUAACAUGUAAGAUCAUGAGGAAUAAUGUAGCUUCUAAAGCCGCUGCCUCAAUGCUCCGAGGUGCUGUAAUGGAUUUAUCUCACUCUGUUAGGUCUGCGCAAACAUAUCAAUUGAGUUGGUUUGUGUCGGUGUCUCGUCAUUUUUGAGAGGAACAUGAUUGAGCUUUUUGGUUCUUGUUCUUGUUCUUGUGGCAUUGUAUGUAUGUUACCAUGUCGCUUGGCGUCGUUCAAACGGCAGUUAGCUGAAAGGAAUUAUCAGAUUUGCCACUUGCUCCCCA